CAAGCAACUAUCUCGAGUAGUAAGCUGACACUUCUUCUCUUCCCAUUGAACCAUCUAUUUUGUAUUCCUUGCGAGGGCUAUAUAAACCCAUCCAACCUCAAGGGAGGUAGAAGUUGAAGCUUAGCUGUUACCCAAGCUAGCUUGGUAGAACUAUCACAUUCUGAUAUCCUCACCAACUCCCGAGCUAAUUAAGAUUUUGCAAUGGGUGGUCUCUCCCUUGAGCACCCGUGGGCCUUUGCCUUUGGCCUCCUAGGUAUACUGAAUAGCAACGUCAUCUCCUUCAUGACCUACCUGGCCCCACUGCCGACGUUCUACCGGAUCUACAGGAGCAAGUCGACGCAGGGGUUCCAGUCGGUCCCGUACGUGGUUGCGCUCUUCAGCGCGAUGCUGUGGAUCUACUACGCGCUCCUCAAGUCCGACGAGCUCCUGCUCAUCACCAUAAACUCUGCCGGCUGCGUCAUCGAAACCAUCUACAUCGUCAUGUACCUUGCUUACGCGCCAAAGCAAGCCAAGCUCUUCACGGCGAAGAUCCUCCUCCUCCUGAACGUGGGUGUGUUCGGCCUCAUCCUACUUCUCACGCUGCUGCUGGCGGGGGGCGAAAAGCGCGUAAUCAUGCUUGGGUGGGUCUGCGUCGGCUUCUCCGUCAGCGUCUUCGUCGCGCCCCUCAGCGUCAUCCGUCUUGUGGUGCGCACCCGGAGCGUGGAGUUCAUGCCCUUUUCACUCUCCCUCUCUCUCACCGUCAGCGCCGUCGUCUGGUUCCUCUACGGCCUCCUCAUCAAGGACAAAUAUGUUGCCCUUCCCAACAUCCUCGGGUUUGCCUUCGGGGUGAUCCAGAUGGGGCUCUACGCUCUCUACUGCAACGCCACGCCCAGGCCGGCGCCAAAGGAGGUGGAUGCACCCAUGCCAGAGCACGUCAUCAACGUCGCUAAGCUCGGCCCGGCAGCUGCCAUGGAGCUCAACACACCAGCUGCCGUCCGGCCACCAACCAUGGAGAACAUCGUGGCUUGUGCCAGCGGCCAGACCAAAGAGAUCAGCCAGCGUCGAGAAGGUUGACAUGGCUACCAAUGUCCAGCAUGCCUAGGCAGGCAGGCCCCAUGCAGCCAGAGCCUCUCCUGGGGCCGGUGUGGUGGAGAGAUUCUUAGCACAAAUGAUACUGUAGUUUGCUAUAGCUACUGUAGCUAUUUGGGCUUGCCUGAGACCUUUGCUGAUCCAGGUUCCAUGCACGCAUGCAUGAGGAUGGGGGCGUGUGAUUUCCACCGUUAAUGUUCCUUUUCUUGCAAGCUGUUACUGUUCCUAGUUGCUCGUUGUAAGGGUUAUUUUAUUCUGGUAGUAUUCAUUGGUAUUCACUGUCCGAUCACUUCGAAGCAAUAACAUUGUUAUAAAAAUUCUCAUUUUCUUGUGAA